AUGGAAAGUAGAAAUUUAACUCAAUUCUAACAUUAUUCUCAUAAUGGCACUAAUCGAUAUUCUAUUUAGAGAAUCGUAUAUCCACAAUAUGCAAGUGGUUUAGUUUAAGAAGAAACAGUAUCUCAGCAUAGAGAUUCAACUGAUGAAGAAUAAUUUAUAGAAGGUGAGUGUUUUAUAUAUAUUGGGGGUCAAUAAAUAUUUACUAUAGAGCUUAAGUAACCAGAUUUUGUACAUUAAUAAUUAUGUAUUGAUUUAACAAAAUGUCAAUGUCCAUUGGAAUGCUUAACUGCUUUUCCAUUACCAAACCAGUUUCAGAAUCCUCAAAGAAUAUUACCUUUAAGUACUGGAAUAUUAGUUGUAAGUAGCGGAAAGAAUGGAUAACAAAUUAACUUAUUUGAUGAUCAAUCUAAAGAGAUUAAUAUCAAUGUAUAAAUCAACAAGAGAAUAAUAUGGAUGAAUUCAAGAUAUUUAUAAGAAGUUAUAAUUUUAAUAGUAGGAUUUAAUGAUUCAAGUGUUGGACUAUUUGAGAUUGAUAUCAAAGAUAAAUAAAUUAGAUUGAUACAUGAAUUCAAUUUUGAACAAUUGAUUAUAUUCAAUGACAUUUCUACUCAUAAUUAAAUUUAUUACAUAGCUUUAACUUCCUACAAUGGAAUUAUUUCAAUUUUAUCUAUUGAUCUCUUUUUUAACAUUUAACAUCAUGUUCAUAAUAUUAAUAGAAUCACUUCACCACCUAAACUAUAUUUUUAACACAAUAAAGCCAGCUUAAUGGUUCCAAUUCAAAAUGGAGAAAUGUUAUAAUAUCUUGAAAUAGGAAAUCAUGGAUUAUCUAAAUGGAAUGUAAUAAAGUAUCAAAAUAAUAACAAAUCUAUGAUUACAGCAUUUGAUAUAGAACCUAAAAAAUGUGAUGUAUCUUAGAAUUAAAGUGAAGAAUUUGAGAUUUGUAUGAUUCAUUUUGAUGGAACCCUCAGUUUUUAUGAUUAUGCUGAUAACAGUAUUUAUAUUGAAAUAUCAAAAUAAUUGAAUGGCUCUAGGUUUUUUGUGUCAAAUAUGCAACUUUAAUUUAAGCAAUUCAUAUUAAUGGGAUCUGAUGAUGAAAUAGAAAUAUAUCAAAUGUCCUUUUAUCAUAUCAAUUGA